UAAUAGUAAUAGUCUAAUAGAGCGGACGGGUCAUUAUCUCACCAUAGCAAUAAAUUCACUUGUAAAAAAAAUAAAAAUAAAAUUUAUAUCAUUCAUUCUCUUUGGGGGAUAGAUAUUUUGAUAUUUCCACUGCUCUUUUCGAUGUUUAUUCCUUCUCUUUGUUCACUUGCUCUCUCUCUCUCUCUCUCUCUCUUUUUCUUCAAAUUCAUAGGAAAAAAAAAGUCUGAGUGAGAAGAGAAGUUUGAGAAAUCCCCAAAAACACAAAUGCCGAUUAGGCCAAUGAAAGAUAGCUCUGAGACUCACUUAGUCAUCAAAACCCAACCUUUAAAACAGCACAAUCCCAAAACCGUUCCAAACGGUAAAAUCCCUCCUCCUCCUCCUCCGGUGACAACUCCGGCGAAUGGUCAGACUCAAGCUUCUUCACCUUCACCGCCGUCGAAGAAUCGUAGCAGGAGGAGAAACCGCGGUGGUAGAAAAUCUGAUCAGGGAGAUGUUUGUAUGAGACCUAGCUCUCGUCCUCGUAAACCACCACCACCGCCGAGUCUAACCACUUCUUUAGCACCCGUCGUUGCCGCCUCCGCCGGAGAUAUAGUCGCCGUGAAUCAUCAGAUGCAGAUGGGUGUUCGUAAAAACUCAAACUUUGCGCCGAGGCCUGGUUUUGGAACUCUUGGGACUAGAUGCAUUGUUAAAGCUAACCAUUUCCUCGCUGAUUUGCCCACCAAGGAUUUGAAUCAGUAUGAUGUUACAAUAACUCCUGAAGUGUCAUCAAAGAGUGUAAACAGAGCUAUAAUUGCUGAGUUAGUGAGACUAUACAAAGAGUCUGAUCUCGGGACGAGGCUACCGGCUUACGAUGGCCGGAAAAGUCUUUACACUGCCGGAGAGCUUCCUUUUACUUGGAAGGAGUUCACUGUUAAGAUUGUUGAUGAAGAUGAUGGUAUCAUCAAUGGUCCUAAAAGGGAGAGAUCAUAUAAGGUGGCUAUCAAGUUUGUUGCACGGGCAAAUAUGCAUCACUUGGGAGAGUUUCUAGCUGGUAAACGUGCAGAUUGUCCGCAAGAGGCGUUGCAGAUUCUUGACAUUGUGCUCAGGGAAUUGUCGGUUAAGAGGUUUUGUCCCGUUGGAAGAUCUUUCUUUUCGCCUGAUAUUAGAACACCUCAGCGACUUGGUGAAGGGUUAGAGUCAUGGUGUGGGUUUUACCAGAGUAUUAGACCAACUCAAAUGGGUUUAUCACUAAAUAUCGAUAUGGCUUCAGCUGCAUUUAUUGAGCCUCUUCCGGUAAUAGAGUUUGUAGCACAGCUUCUUGGAAAAGAUGUCUUGUCUAAGCCGUUGUCUGAUUCUGAUCGGGUUAAGAUUAAGAAGGGUCUCAGGGGAGUGAAAGUAGAGGUUACUCAUAGAGCGAACGUAAGAAGGAAAUAUCGUGUUGCGGGUUUAACAACUCAACCAACAAGAGAGCUAAUGUUUCCAGUUGAUGAGAACUGUACAAUGAAGUCGGUUAUCGAGUAUUUCCAAGAGAUGUAUGGAUUCACGAUCCAGCACACACAUUUGCCAUGUCUCCAAGUUGGAAACCAAAAGAAGGCUAGCUAUUUGCCAAUGGAGGCAUGCAAAAUUGUUGAAGGACAACGGUACACAAAAAGGUUGAAUGAGAAGCAGAUUACUGCUCUCUUGAAAGUUACAUGCCAAAGGCCACGGGACAGAGAAAACGAUAUUUUGCGGACGGUCCAACACAACGCAUAUGAUCAAGAUCCAUAUGCAAAGGAGUUUGGCAUGAACAUAAGUGAAAAGUUAGCUUCUGUUGAAGCUCGGAUUCUACCAGCUCCAUGGCUUAAGUAUCAUGAGAAUGGGAAAGAAAAAGAUUGUCUCCCACAAGUCGGUCAGUGGAAUAUGAUGAACAAGAAAAUGAUCAAUGGGAUGACGGUGAGCAGAUGGGCAUGUGUUAACUUCUCACGCAGCGUGCAAGAAAAUGUUGCUCGUGGAUUUUGUAAUGAACUUGGUCAGAUGUGUGAAGUCUCGGGCAUGGAGUUUAAUCCAGAACCUGUGAUCCCAAUAUAUAGUGCGAGGCCUGAUCAAGUUGAGAAAGCUUUAAAGCAUGUUUAUCACACUGCAAUGAACAGAACCAAAGGGAAAGAGUUAGAACUUCUGUUGGCAAUUUUACCUGACAACAACGGUUCACUUUAUGGGGAUCUUAAGAGAAUCUGUGAAACCGAGCUUGGUUUAAUAUCUCAGUGUUGUCUCACAAAACAUGUGUUCAAGAUUAGCAAACAGUAUCUGGCAAAUGUAUCUCUUAAAAUCAACGUCAAGAUGGGAGGAAGGAACACAGUUCUAUUAGAAGCCAUAAGCUGUAGAAUUCCGCUGGUUAGCGAUAUACCAACAAUCAUAUUUGGUGCAGACGUAACUCAUCCAGAGAACGGGGAAGAGUCGAGUCCUUCAAUCGCUGCUGUUGUUGCUUCUCAAGAUUGGCCUGAAGUCACAAAAUAUGCGGGUUUAGUUUGUGCUCAAGCUCACAGGCAAGAACUUAUACAAGAUUUGUAUAAAACAUGGCAAGAUCCUGUACGUGGCACUGUUAGUGGCGGUAUGAUCAGGGACCUUCUGAUCUCAUUUAGGAAAGCAACAGGGCAGAAACCACUUCGAAUUAUCUUUUACCGUGAUGGAGUAAGCGAAGGGCAAUUCUAUCAAGUUUUACUCUAUGAGUUGGAUGCAAUUCGAAAGGCUUGUGCGUCACUUGAACCGAAUUAUCAGCCACCGGUGACAUUCAUCGUUGUACAGAAGCGUCACCACACUCGUUUGUUUGCUAAUAAUCACCGAGACAAAAGCAGUACUGAUCGAAGUGGAAAUAUCUUACCAGGUACUGUAGUUGACACCAAGAUAUGUCAUCCAACUGAAUUUGACUUCUACCUUUGUAGCCAUGCUGGUAUUCAGGGAACAAGCAGGCCUGCACAUUACCAUGUUCUUUGGGACGAGAACAAGUUCACAGCGGAUGGUAUUCAGUCUCUGACUAAUAAUCUCUGUUAUACCUAUGCGCGAUGCACUCGAUCUGUCUCUAUAGUUCCUCCGGCGUAUUAUGCCCAUCUCGCUGCAUUUCGAGCACGUUUCUACAUGGAACCGGAGAUAAUGCAAGAUAACGGAUCACCAGGGAAAAAGAGCACGAAAACAACAACUGUUGGAGAUUGCGGUGUGAAGCCUUUACCGGCUUUGAAGGAGAAUGUGAAGAGAGUUAUGUUCUACUGCUAAAAAAUUCCAACAUCCCUAAUCAAAAGAAAGUUUUAAUAAGUAGUUUGGUUGUUUGUUCGUAGUUCGGCUUUAGAUUUUACCAAUGUUUUUCUUAUGUAAAUUUUGUUGGUUUGGUAUUAGGAAUUAGGGCAUUAGGGUUUUUUCUAAAGUUUGUAUUGUAGCUGCUGAUGAUAACAGCAAUGGCUUUGUUAAGGCAUCCGCUUCUACAGUGGUGGUUUUUACUGUGGUUUCUCCAUUGUUACAUCGUUGUAAGCUUUCGUUUUAACCUUAGGAAAGGUCUGGUUAGUGUAAA